CAGGGGCAGCAACAGGAGCAGGAGCAGCAACAGGGACAGCAGCAAAACCAGCAACAGGAGCAGCAGCAGGAGCACCAGCAAAACCAGCAACAGGAGUGCCAGCAGGAGCACCAGCAGGAGCACCACCAAAACCACCAGCAGGAGCAGGAGCAGGAGCAGCAACAGGAGCAGCAACACCAGCAGCACCACCAGCAGCAGGAGGUGCGCAGCAGCCUCGCAUGCCCGCCAACGCAGCACCAGAAAACAGGGAAAGGUCGGAGGUGACACAGCAGCAACAGCAACUGCAACAACAGCAGCAACAGCCGCCGCCGCAGCAGCAGCAGCAGCAGCCGCGUCAGUUUACUCGUGAACCUGUCCAUGCUGCUCCACCUGCUGUAUCAGCAGCAGCAGAAGCACCAGGCCGCCCGGCAGCAGGCCAGCAGCAGCAGCGGAAUCAGCCGCAGCAGCAGCCGAACCAGGCGCAACCACCAGCACAGCAGCAGAAACCACAACAGCAGCAACAACAGAAGCCACAGCAGCAGCAACAACAACAAAAGCCACAGCCGCAGCAGCAGCAGCAACAGCAGCAGCAUCACCAUCAGCAGCAGCAGCAUCCUGGUAUAAAAGUGAUACAGAAGGCGGUAUCUAAAAAAGCAGAAGAAGAAGAAUCUCCUGAUCCUGCUGUUGCUGCUGUUAUGGAGGACAUGGAGGACCGAGCUAAGGCAGCAGCUGCUGCUGCUGCUGAAGCAGCAGCAGCAGCAGCAGAGAAGGAAGGAGCAAGGUGGAGGAAGAGUCAAUGGAUCCUUGGAUCGUGGGCAGUCCUGCACCAUCUACUUGUCUUCACAGUUGCACAGAUGCUGUUAUGGAGUUGCUGCACUCGUGACGCGCAGCAGCAGCAGCCAGUAUAUCGUUAUUUGCUGAUAGAUGGAUCUGUUACUCCUUCUAUUUUACCUGUCUACGUCAACAAGAAAAACAUUAUAGCAUCCCGCUCAGCAAGGUCGUCAUUAGGUGUAGCAUUGAUCCUUAUGUGCACCGCUUUCUACAACGACUCGAUACCCUCUGGAUCAGGCAGAGAUGCCAUUGGAUGGUUUGCUGCAGUGUCCGUCAUUUUGUUAAUAUUGCUGCACGUCACAGUCGUGCUUAUUACAACAGGGCCGGUAGUUCAGUUGGAUAGAAUGCCCGGCUACGGACCGGGUGGUCGUGGUGUAAUCCGUCGCCUCCGUCAUCGUUACAAAUGGAUUCGUCAAUUUGUUGAUUUCUUUCGUUUUGCAAAAACACGAUUGGAGGCAUUUCGUUCUCCGGAUAAAGAAGAAAUCUUAGAAAUGCAUGAACUUAGAGGAAAUCUUAAGUUGGAGCAGGCAGAGAAAGAAGGUAAAGAAGAUCUAACUCGGCGUCAUUGGCGAUUAGGUCUGCGUAACCCUCAUCUUGAUUUACAUCGUCUUGCUGCACAGAUGAAUAGAGCACAAGACGGUGAGGAGUACAGACACCUCACGAGACUUAUGUUGCUGCCUAAUGUUAAACCCGAUGUUAAGGAAACCCUCAUGGCUGCCGUCAAAAAAGUCAAAAGCAAACCUAGAGCUCUGGCGGCGUUGUUGCAUUUGACGCUCAUGGAGAAUUUUCCCACCAUAGAUCGAGUUGAGGCAUUCAAUCUUCUUAAGAAACACGGAUUCGAUCCCAAUGAGGAAGCUGUUCGAAUGGUGUUGCACUGCGGUCUGCUGGACAUCUCGGACUUCGACUUUGAGGUGGCCAGGGAACUGCCGCGGACAAGAUUCCUUGCAUACGGCCUCGACCAGGAAGGCAGACUCAUUGAGGGCUAUGAAGAGGAAGAGGAAAAGAAGAAAAGGGAAAUAACAGAACAACUCAAGGAUGUCGCCCGGACUGCCGGACUGGCGGUGCCUAAGAAAGCUGUUGCAGGAGACUUUCCUGCUGCUGCUGCUUUGUAUGAGUUUGCUGCCGCUGAGCCGCAGGCACUGCAGCACAAACGGCGCAUAGAGAGAGCCAUUAUCCUAAGGAAGGAAUUUCUUGCUAUUUUCCCUCUUGCCCUGCCUGCGAUUAAUCCAUCAACAGGGGAGAUAAUCGAAGCAGCACCAGAGCAGCAGCAGCUGCUGCUGCAGCACCAGAUGCAGCAGGAGGAGGACGAGCAGCAGAUGGUCGUACUGCAGCAGCGCAAAUCAGAUGGGCCAACAGACAGCCUCGCCGCUAUGCUUGUCCUCAAGCUGGAGGUUCUCGGCAUGCAGCUACGGGUGCUCCAGCGAGAUAUAUCCGUCAUAGGGGCACCUCAGAGUGCUGUUGGGCCGAGGGGAGAUUUGACGUCUCUCGCGUUCAAUAGCCAUCCGAACUGCAGGUUGCUGGUGCAGCCGACGAUGCUGCUGCGGUCUACAUUUACAGUAGAGGUUUUUGUUGAGUUUCCUCUGCCGGCGAAUUGCAGAUACAGCGCAGUGUGUUCAGACACAGAAGGUAAUGUCCUCUUGUGCAUUGUGCAAAAACGAAUGAGCCGCAAACAGCAGCAGGAACUGCAGCAACAGAUACUGCAGCAGAAACUGCAGCAGCAAGAGUAUACCUACUUCGCUGACGUAGGCGUACUCAUUCCGAAGGAUGCAACUCAAACAGACUCCGACAGCAGCAGCAGCAGCAGCAGUAGCAGCAGCAGCAGCAGUGAUUCCAGCGACAGCAGCAGCAACAGCAGCAGGAGCAGGAGAAGCAAGCGUAAGAAGAAGCGCAACGUUGGCCCUGUCUUGGCGCUUGCUCUGGAUCAGUCAACAGCAGCGGCUCGUUAUCUCGAGUUGUCAUCCUUGCGAAAUACGAGCAAACUAGGCGACGGAUUUGCUGCUCUGGUAGACACUGCGAAUGAGGCUGCUGCUGCUGCACCGUUACCAGCAGGACUAACGGAGCGUGUUGAGUUGGAUUUGCUGCUGGAUAUGAGUUUUGUUGUGGUGGAUCCUCGACGCCCUCGUCAUGUUUUUGGUGUAUGUAUACCUGAAGUAUAUUCAGCAAUAAUGUAUUAUUUAUCUCUUCCUGAUAAACAAAUGACGAGAUGUUCUCCUUCAGGGGCUCAUGGUGCAAAACUUGUCAACGGUUGCUUCCCCUCAACUGCUGCUGCUGUUGGGGGUAGCACAAUAAACGAGAGUCUGCUGCUGCUGCAGCCGCAGGUGCUGCUGCGGCGCGACCUUUGUUCUGCAGCAGGAUACACCCUAUCUGUGUGGAUAUAUACCCCAAUACCUAAGACAGGUUCUAUGCAUUUCCUCAUUAGUGGUGAUGCGGAGACACAUGUUUGUAUAUCCGACUGUGACGGCUCUGUUGGUUCUUUGCUGCUACCUCCAACCCCUUCUACUGAUGCGGUAGCAGCAUCUGCAGCAGCUGCAGCGGCUGCUGCAGCUGCUGCUGCUUUGGAACAAGAGGCCGAUCCCGCAGAAGCAGCAGCAGCAGCAGCUGCUGCUGCUGCUGAAGCAGAUGAUGACCAGUGGUCUGUCUACUCCGACGGCAUCGCUCGAGAGUUGUAUCCUUCGGGUUUGAGUCUGGCAGGCGAGAGUGAAGGUUGGCACUUGUUACAUGUGGUGGCAGCAGCGUCGCCUCCAGUGUCUCCAUCAGCAGCAGCAGCGGGGACUUCCCCAGCAGCAGCAGCAGCUAAGGAGGAUGCAGCGUAUCCGUUUCGUUACACUUUGACGGCAGCUCGGGCAUCUUACGCAGGACCGCGAGUACCUGGCCUGCAGAGCAGCAGCAGCAGCAGCAGCAAAAGCAGCAGCAGCAGCAGCGACGACGAAGUGGUGUUGGAUCCCGCUGAAGUGGGAGACGCUACAGCAAAAAAGCCCCCGCCGCUGCAGUUAGGAAUGCAAUCUGAUGGAGAGUAUUUAGAUGUGCUGCCUGCAGCAGCAGCAAGGAGACACGAGCUAAUAGUUGUGGGGCUUGGGCGUUAUGUGCAUGCGCCUGAUGGUCAGCUAGCUGCAUGCGACACUGUGGGGAGUAUCACCAGCAGACGGGGAGACAAAUCUGGCGGCAAACAAGGAGACAAAUACACGGAUAAAGAGACAAUUAAAGAAGGAGACACAGACACAAAUAAAGGAAUUCAUGUUGUCCCUCCCCUACGUCUUAAACCUAAUGGAUUUACUAUUGCCUCCUGGAUACGGCUACCCCUACCAUACACCGGUGCACUGCAUGCACUAGCAGGAGAUGGUGCAGGCAAUGCCUUCAUAGCUGUUGACGCCAGCUGCAACUCUCUAGGUGUAGUAGCCCGCCCUCGUGUUCGCGCUGCCUCGCGAGUGUGUCGCUCUUCGGCUGCUGGCUUUGGCCCUUUUGUUCCUUCGGGUGUAUCCUUAAAGUUAUUAGAUAGCGGCUGGCAUCAUAUUGCUGCUGUAGGUACAGGGAAGGCUACCUUCUUUUACCUUGAUGGGCAACACAAGGGGGCCUCCCCCGCAUGCUGCAAGGGGCCCCUUGCCGUCAUAGGCAACGCCAACAGGAGGCCCUACAGCAGCAAACGGCCACCGACACACAAACGCAGCAGCAGCAGCAGCAGCGACAGUAGCAGUGGAGGCAGCAGCAGCAGCGAAGAACACGGAGACACGGGAGACUGCAAGAUGCCUUUUGGCACUCUCUACAACUUUCAGGUGUACGGACAACCCAUGACCCCACAACAGGUCGAUACACUCUACCAGCAGCAAAAGAAACUCAUGAAGAUCCACCGCGGGACGACAUGA